AGAACUGCAUUCAGCCAGUGGGCACGAAAAUGAGUUUUAGCUGCUCUGUGCAAAAACCCUAGGUGUGUGGACAGAAGGGAGCCGACCAGCAGGUUACAACAGGUCAGGAAUAAAUAACCACCAGGCGGAGGAUCCCAGAUUCAGUCCUUCCUUUUGUUGAGUGAGGAGCGAGCGCCAGGCAAUCGCGUUCACAAAGGCUUUGGAAAGAAGCGGUUCCACCGUCCCCGCUCGGCUCCAGCCCCGGGGGUACAGGCAUGGAUGGGAAGAAAUGCAGCAUAUGGAUGUUUUUACCCCUUGUAUUUACCUUGUUUACUUCAGCUGGAUUGUGGAUAGUAUACUUUAUAGCUGUGGAAGAUGACAAGAUUUUCCCAUUAAACUCAGCUGAAAGGAAACCUGGUGUGAAGCAUGCACCAUACAUAAGUAUUGCAGGUGAUGAACCUCCUGCAAGCUGUGUGUUUAGUCAAGUUAUGAACAUGGCAGCAUUCCUAGCUCUGGUGGUAGCUGUUCUGCGCUUCAUACAACUGAAACCAAAGGUUUUAAAUCCGUGGCUGAAUAUUAGUGGAUUGGUGGCGCUCUGUCUGGCUUCCUUUGGAAUGACCUUACUUGGUAAUUUUCAGCUCACAAAUGAUGAAGAAAUCCAUAAUGUCGGAACUUCCUUGACUUUUGGAUUUGGCACGUUGACCUGCUGGAUCCAGGCUGCAUUGACACUCAAAGUAAACAUCAAGAAUGAAGGACGGAAAGUUGGAAUUCCACGAGUUAUUCUCUCAGCAACUGUCACUCUCUGCGUGGUCCUCUACUUCAUCCUCAUGGCCCAAGGCAUCCACCUGUACGCAGCCAGGGUCCAGUGGGGCCUGGUCAUGUGCUUCCUGUCUUACUUUGGCACCUUUGCUGUGGAGUUCCGGCAUUAUCGUUACGAGAUUGUAUGUUCCGAAUACCAGGAGACUUUCCUAAGCUUCUCAGAAAGCCUGUCUGAAGCUUCUGAAUAUCAAACCGACCAGGUGUAACCUAUCAGUUUUUCCUUGCUGGUGAGGUGGGUGUAGCAGCAGGGGAGGGGCCAAGGCACACCCACAGGACUUGACACACAACCUCAUGACACAUCGUAAACACAGGCACGUGCACGCGCGCACACACACACACACACACACAUUCAUGGCCACGUUUGCCAAACGAGCGUUUCAGGGCGAGUUAUUUAACGAGAAAGCACAAGCCCUAUGUGUCGAAAUACACGCUGUUAACACUGAAAGUAUAAUCCACGACAGAGCAAGAAGCUUGUGCAUGAUCACCUCUCUUUUCCCCUCUCUCCCAACACCCCCUGCUCUUCUUGUCCUCUUCACGUAUUCCAGACAUCUUUGAUCACCCUACCUUGGGCAGGCCAAAUGUAACAUGGGAAUAAUGCCAACUCCCAAAGUUGCCUUCAGAUCCAGAGGGCUUGGAACCAGCUCAUGAGGACAUUGUGAAUCGGGCACUAGGGCUCUUGAAUGGACAGAGUAUCAUUUGGUUGGAUGGAAACUGUACAGAGAUGUGACCCCGUGUAACGUGUGGAUGAUGUUGGAUCAAGGAUAGAACUUUCCCACAAAAACUCCCUUCAUCCUCGUUCAGUGGUUGGCUGAGCAGAUUCGACAAAAGGAAUACGCUACGAGCUGUGAGGGGGAAGCCCACCACCAGGAUAUGGACUUUACUGUGACUGAGAAAAUAUUUCCAAAUGUGAAUAUUUGUAGGGCCAUGGUCUGCCAUGGAGAGAUGGGGGCAGCGAGGGUGUGGUUUCAGUUUUGCUUCCAUAGUAUGCUAUGUUCAGUUUUUAUUUUCUAUUUCAUAGUUUGUUUUCUUUUUUUUUUUUUAAAGUAACUACCAUGGUUCUCUUGAGGCCUUACGGACAGAGAAGAUGUAGGCCAAAUGCAAGAACUGAGCUUGUUUGGGGUUCAACAUGAUAAAAGAAAAAAAAAAAGAAAGGUCACCUGCAGGCUUAAUUUGCUGCUUUUAUGUUUGAAGCUAAGAAAAUGUACACAGAAAAGCACAAAGAAAUACGUGUGGAGGUAAUAAAAAGAGCUCCUGCUGGACAUUUGUAAAAGAGAGGAGUUUCAGAGGAUCGUGUUGUAAAUCCAAAUCAAGGAGGAGUUUCUUAAUAUGUAUCUAUUGCUCAAAUUUAGUAGUUUGGGGGGUGGGGGGUUAAGGGCUUUUCUUACUCAGAAUUUGUAGAAGCCAAUUAAAAGGUUACCCUCCCCUAAAAACAAAUUGGUUCAGUUCGUCCCCUACAACACAUCAUGUAGAUCCCACCUGCGAAGAGUUUAGAACUCAAACUCUAUUCCUGGGCUGUAGAGGCUGUGCUUCAUAAAAUAGGGCAGAAUUCUAAAUCAAAA